CUGGGGUUGAGGCGAGACCCUCUGCUGUCCAAGGCACCGGUGGGCAGGGGUUGUGCAAGGCGAGGCAAGGCGACGCGCUGCCUUCGAAAGCCCGGCGAUCACUCACAGUCGCCAGCGGGCCAGGCGCGGGCUAGUGCCGCGCGCUCCUUUUUCAGCAGUGUGGCGGGCCCGCACUCCCGCCCGCCGCGGCGGCUGGGAGCCGUUUGCGACAGUGGGGGUGGCGGCGGCUUUGCGGCCGGCUCGGGUCGGGCGUGCUUGACGGCAGUGUGGCGCAGGCCCCGCCCGCGGCGGCGGAACAUGUCCGAGAGGGAGGCGGCGGCGGCAGCGGCGGGAAGCGACAUGCCUGCAGCCAAGAAGCAGAAGCUGAGCAGCGACGAGAACAGCAACCCGGACCUGUCCGGGGACGAGAACGAUGAUGCUGUCAGUGUAGAAAGUGGUACAAAUACAGAACGCCCCGAUACACCUACCAAUACCCCUAAUGCACCUGGAAGGAAAAGCUGGGGGAAGGGAAAAUGGAAGUCAAAGAAGUGUAAAUACUCCUUCAAGUGUGUGAAUAGUCUCAAGGAAGAUCACAACCAGCCACUGUUUGGGGUUCAGUUUAACUGGCACAGCAAAGAAGGGGAUCCAUUAGUGUUCGCAACUGUAGGAAGCAACAGAGUCACCUUGUAUGAAUGUCACUCACAAGGAGAAAUCCGGUUGUUGCAGUCUUAUGUGGAUGCUGAUGCUGAUGAAAAUUUUUACACUUGUGCAUGGACAUAUGAUAGUAAUACCAGCCAUCCUCUGCUGGCUGUGGCUGGAUCUAGAGGCAUAAUUAGGAUUAUUAAUCCCAUAACAAUGCAGUGCAUAAAGCACUAUGUUGGUCAUGGAAAUGCUAUUAAUGAGCUGAAGUUCCACCCAAGGGAUCCAAAUCUUCUCCUGUCAGUAAGUAAAGAUCAUGCUUUGCGACUAUGGAAUAUCCAAACAGACACUUUGGUGGCAAUAUUUGGUGGUGUGGAAGGGCACAGAGAUGAAGUUCUGAGUGCUGAUUAUGAUCUUUUGGGUGAAAAAAUAAUGUCCUGUGGUAUGGACCACUCUCUUAAACUUUGGAGGAUUAAUUCCAAGAGAAUGAUGAAUGCAAUUAAGGAAUCUUAUGAUUAUAACCCAAACAAAACUAACAGGCCAUUUAUUUCUCAGAAAAUCCACUUUCCUGACUUUUCUACCAGAGACAUACAUAGGAAUUAUGUGGAUUGUGUGCGAUGGUUAGGUGAUUUGAUACUUUCCAAGUCUUGUGAAAAUGCCAUUGUGUGCUGGAAACCUGGGAAGAUGGAAGAUGAUAUAGAUAAAAUUAAACCCAGUGAAUCUAAUGUGACUAUUCUUGGGCGAUUUGAUUAUAGUCAGUGUGACAUUUGGUACAUGAGGUUUUCUAUGGAUUUCUGGCAAAAGAUGCUUGCAUUGGGCAAUCAGGUUGGCAAACUUUAUGUUUGGGAUUUAGAAGUUGAAGAUCCUCACAAAGCUAAAUGUACAACACUGACUCAUCAUAAAUGUGGAGCUGCUAUUCGGCAAACCAGCUUUAGCAGAGACAGCAGCAUUCUCAUAGCUGUUUGUGAUGAUGCCAGUAUUUGGCGAUGGGACCGUCUUCGAUAAAAUACCUUUUCCUAAUCAGAAUUAGAGUGUGUUUUCUGUGUAAAGUAGAACUAAUGUAUCUUGCUAGUAAGGUCUCUUAAAGCCAUUAAAGUUGUCUAUCAGCAUUCAAUCAGGCUGAGCUGAAUGUAGUGAUGUUUACAUUGUUUACAUUCUUUGUACUGUCUCCUGCUCAGACUCUACUGCUUUUAAUAAAAAUUUAUUUUUGUAAAAUUGUGUUACUCUAGCUUAUUUUCAUUGUGAUGAAAAGAACUGUUGAAAGUAAUAAAUGUAUGCCUUACCUUUUUGUAAUGAUCUUUAUUUUUGUAGACAUACACUGCAGUAAAGUAUAAGCUCCAGAUGGGAUGUAAA